UUCAUUUCGUGAAAAAGAACCCAUUUUUUUUUCAAAAACCCUGUUUCACCACAUCCAUGUACGACUCUGAAUCUUCUCCUCCGGACUUAAAGGCUCUGUCUUUGAGCGUUUCCUUCCCUGGGUGGAGAAAGGCCACCUCAGCUUUCAAGUCUUGGGCUACAAAAAUGUCAUCUUUGCACAAACCCACAUGGCAAAAAGCUGGAAUCUUGGAAGCAGUUAUAGCAUCUACCAAAGGAUUCAACAAAGACACAGAUCUCGUUCUGGGUAUGGCUGAGAGAUGGUGCCCCGACACCAACACCUUCCUCUUCCCUUGGGGUGAAGCAACGGUGACAUUAGAGGAUGUCAUGGUUCUUCUAGGGUUUUCUGUUUUGGGCUCACCUGUUUUUGCUGCUGUGGAUGGAUCAGGAGAGAAGACUGUGGGGAAACUGGAGAAAGAAUGGGUCAAGAUUAAGAAAGAUAACAAAGUCAGUUUCGUAACUCAAGUCACAUGGAUGGGGAGAUUCAUGGACAGUGGGGAUGAGCGUGAGGUUGAGGUUGAGCAUGCGGCUUUCCUUGGGUUGUGGCUAAGCUACUUUGUGUUUCCAACAAGGUAUUGCCAUGUUGAUAAAGCUGUUUUGCCGAUUGCUCUUCAUCUUUCGAGGGGUAGUAGGAUUGCUCUUGCUCCUCCUGUUCUUGCUCACCUGUAUGCAGACCUCACUCUCUUGAAAGACCACAUCAGAUGUUUCAACGUGACAACAGGGGUUAACAACAAAGUGGAGUUGAGUUCCUUGUUUAAGUUGGUUCAGGUUUGGACAUGGGAGAGGUUCAGGGAGCUACGGCCCAACAACACUAAUCAGCUGCGGCAAGGUGACCCAAGGUUGGCUCUUUGGGAUGAAGCGAAACAAAAGACAAUGAGGAGCAACGUGAGGAAAAUGACAAAGAGCAAUGUGAGGGAGAUACUGGCAAACUCGAAGAUGGAGAGCUUUGAGUGGCGUCCUUACACAAAAGCUGUGAAGAACUGGAAGAUUCCUCAGUUUUACCCGGAGAAAGCAAUGUGGGUUCCUGUUGGUCCUGAUCUUGAUGAGGAAUUCAUCUCCUUUGCUAGAUGCAUCAAGGUGUCUGAGCUUGUGGGGAUGGAUAUUGUGGAACACUACUUUCCCAACCGAGUGGCUUCGCAGUUUGGGUUGCUUCAGGAUGUUCCUUGUCAUGUUAACCGGAACAACCUCUUCAAAGAGGCAGCUUGGGAUGAGUACACCAAGCCUAUGGACGGAUUGACAUUGUACAUCCCUUCUCGUUCUGUAAUAUCUUGUUUUACUUCAAUGUUCUGCGAGUGGUGGAGGAAGGGUAGUCCAGUUGUUGAAUCAUUGACACCAAGAAACAUCAUAAGAGGUAGUGAUCAUGAUACAUCUGAGCAUGUUCCUUCUGGUUCUAAGAAACGGAAGUUAGUGAAGCGAGUUUGUAAGAAGGAUGAGACUCGUAUGGAUCUUUAUCAGACACAGGUUCCAUCAGAGAAGAAAGAGGAAGAUGAUAGCUUAACCAUUUCUCAAGUAAUGAGAUUGAGAAAGAAGAAUACAGCUGCUAUGUGCUCAUCUACGGUAGUGCCAUUAAGAGAAGUGGUUAAAAAUAUGGGAAAAGAGUUUCCUGAAAAAUUCAAAAGGUCUAGAUAUCUUAGAACACCUACAAAUGUGAGAUCAGAGGUAGUAGAAUCUGGUAGAUCAGCUUCAAGAGAAGUGCCAACUAAUGAGCUGUUUCACAAGGAAGUAGUGCCAUUCAGUGAAGUGGUUCAAAAGAAGAGAAAAGAGUUUCUUGAAAAGCUUAGGUCUAGAUAUCUGAGAAGACCGACAGAUGUGAGAUCCGAGAUUGCAGAUUCUGGUGGAUCAGCUUCAAGAGAAGUGUCACUUAAUGAGUUUUUUCAGAAGGAGGAAGUAGUGAAGAGGAAGAGAGAGCAUUUGGGAGACAAGCGAGCUCGUGAGGAUGGUGUAAGAGAUGCUUCUGAAGCACCUGGAAAAAGAAACCAUAGACGUGAGGCAGAUAACAAAGGUUCAUGGAUCCGUCAAAAGAUUGCUUAUGAAGAUGAAACUGUAGCAACACUAAAAAUCAAGCAAAGGAGUGAAGAAGAAGAAGAAACGGGGAACAAAGCAGGGAAGAAUAUGGUUCUGAGCUCAGCUAAUGGUAACAACUCUUCAGAUCCUCCUCUUGGUGCUAAUGGAGGAGUUGACAUUGUUGUGUCACGACCAAAGACAAGGAACUGUGAUGAUGAGGUUGAUGUUAAUGGAAUCAAGGCUGAGAAAGAGAAGACUAUAUAUAUAGUCGCUGGUGGAACCAAGGAAGCAAAGUGUGUGAUCCAUGAAGAUGGAGAAAACCAGAGAUCCAGUGAGAAGGAAGAUGAUGGUAAGAGUUUGAAGCAGACAAAUCUUGCAAUAGAUGAGAUAUCAUUGAGCCUAGAGGCACGUAUGGUGAAGGUGGAGAAGACUUUGGCAAAGAUUAGAGAAUGGAAAACCAUAGAGAGAAACAACCAGGACAAAAAUGGAAUUACUGCUUAGGAUCUCAUGCAAAUAAAGUCACACGUUCUCAACUUUUUUGGUGUGAUUUCUUUUGGUGUUUUGCAUUAUGUUUAGAACUUUCUUAUUAGAGACAAAUCUUUAUGACAGUUUGGUGUGUUUUGGUUCACUACUUACGCUUUUUUUCCAUUAAAACUA